AUGUUUAUUUGUUCCUUCACAUCAAAAUGUCUUUUCCCUCGUCUGAAAUGCCGUGCAUCUCAUUUAUCUCUUUUCAAUUGUGCUUCCUUCAGUGAAAAAAAAUCAUCUCAUGUUCCAUCGACACACCCGUAUCUGGUGAAACCGCGGCGCCGAAGUCGGUGGGUUCUCUCUGACCAUAGUCCGAUGGCUACUCGAAUUUGUGUUUUGGACAUCGUCUGCUUGCUUCCGUCGACCAGCACGUGGAUUCCUAUACCAAGGGGGGAUACACGCAAGAUGCUUGCUGAUAACGGACUCAUAAAGAAGCUGCAAAUCACCUCCACCUCAACAGAGGACGAGCUGAAGAGCAUGAUCUCAAAUCUCUUUUGCUUCGCAUUUAACCUGGCCGAGGAUGAGCUGCUCCCGUUUGACUACUUGCGUACCCAGCCAAGUUGUAAGCGUCUAGUGCGGCCGGAAGUGACCGAUGACUGGCACUGGGGGGGGAGAGAGGUUGCCAACCUGGCUGGACAAGGGUGUUUGUAUAUCGUCUCCAAGAUACCACUUUCUGUGGAUUCCAAGGCCCCUCUGAAGUCAAUUGUUCAAGAGGUUCAGCGACAAACCGCCGCUGCUGCCGUGGCAACUACCUCUGCAGUGGUCAACCCAGCCACGAAUUCGACCAGCGUGUCAUCUGCGAUGUCUUUGUCAGGCGACUCCCAACAGCAAGCCCUACCUCAGCCCCAGGCACCCCCAUCUUUACCGGCAAGCUUGCAAACCCAUGCACUCACACCCAUGACAGACUCCAGGACUCGCAUGAGAAUAUGCACGAAGGAGAUCGUUUGUCUUCUUCCUACAUGCAUAACGUCGAUUCCAAUCCCACGGCGCUAUACCAGGCGGAUUUUGGCUGAGAAGGGCCUCGUUCAGAAAAUUCGUAUUGCUACCUAUUGGACCGAAGAACAGAUCAAGAAGGAGAUUUCUAUGCUGUUUCGGAAGCCAUACGGACUUCAACAGGGUGAGAUCCUCCCUUUCGACUACUUAUGUACAAAGCCUAACUGUAAGCGAUUGGUCAGGGCGUCAGCAUCGGAUUCCGUCCAGUGGGGUGGUCAAGAAGUAGCCAGAUUAGCCGGUCAGGGAUGUCUUCUAAGAGACAUGUUUUUACCCCAGGCGAAAAAUGUUUGUUCUCCCGGUGGUAAUAAUCUGUCGAUCACAGCAUGCUUUAUCAAAUUAUAUUAUAAUUCUGCUUCUUUCUUCUUUCCUUCCUUCCUUCCUUCCUUCCUUCCUUCCUUCCUUCCUUCCUUCCUCAUUCCUUCCUCCCUCAUUCCCUUCCUCCUUUCCUUCCUCCCUUCCUUCCUUCCUCAUUUCCUUCUUUCCUUCCUCUUCCUUCCUUCCUCCCUCAUUCCCUUCCUUCCUUCCUUCCUUCCUUCCUUCCUUCCUUCCUCAUUCCUUCCUUCCUUCCUUCCCUCAUUCCCUUCCUUCCUUCCUCCAUCCUUCCUUCCUUCCUUCCUUAGUUCCUUCCUUCCUCAUUUCCUUCCUUCCUCGUUCCCUACCUUCCUUCCUUCCUUCCUUCCUUCCUCCCUCUCUUCUUUCCUUUCUUCCUUCCUCGUUCCCUACCUUCCUUCCUUCACCAUUCCCUACUUUCCUUCCUCCCUCUCUUCUUUCCUUCCUUCCUUCCUCACUUCCUACCUUUCUCCCUCAUUCCUUUCCUUCCUUUCUUCUUUCUUUGUUCCCUACCUUCCUUCCUUCCUUCCUUCCUUCCUUCCUUCCUUCCUUCCUUCCUUCCUUCCUCCAUACUUUAUUCUACUAACAAUUAUAUAG